GUCCGCGGAUUCACUGUUCGACCGUUAAUUGCACUUACUGAAGUAGUGCGUAGGUAGCUGCUGGGUAGCCAAGCUUAAAAUGUCUGAUUGGGAGGAUGAAUACGACCAGGACGGAGUUGCUAUCUACAAACCUGCUACAAAACCGGCUCCGGCCGAUUGGAAAUUUUCAUGUAAUGACCGUGAAAGGGAAAAUGUUGUUUUCGGUGUGAAAAAUGGAACCAAAUUUGGAGCCCCAAGGGAGACGAGAGCUAAUCGUAGCGGCCCGGGUCCCGAGGUCAACAAGUGGGGAGGUAGAGGCCCCGGACGACAGACAACGUUUAGCAAAGAAGAGUCUUCCCGGCCUCUGACUAUCACAGUGGAAACUACUUCAAUUGGAAGAGUAAUAGGUCGUGGAGGAGCCACAAUUCGUGAACUUCAAGAGAGCUCUGGUGCAAGAAUCAAGAUAAACAAGGGAGGUUAUGAAGGUGAGGUAGUCAUUUUUGGGUCCACUGCAGCACAGCAGAAGGCCAAAGAGAUGAUCGAAGACCUGGUGGCAGAGGGCAACUCCCGAUAUUGUAAUGGUUCUCGCAGAGGACAAGAGUAUGAAGGAAGAUGUGGGGGAGAAAAGAAUGGUUCUGUCUGGUCUACUGCUGAAUUGCAGGCUGCAAAUGUUGUCCAGAACCGUCCAUCCAUAGACUGGGAUGCCAUCCGGGAGAACAAGGAGAAGUAUAAGGAGCUGAAGUGGAAGGACAUCCCACCCAUAAAAAAGGAGUUUUACACUGAGGCACCGAGUGUGGCCAUGCUUACAGCAGAGGAAGUUGGUGAAUGGAGGAAGGAGAACAACAAUAUCUUUGUGGAUGACCUGAACGAGGAAGAAGAGAAACGGCAAAUUCCCAAUCCCUGUCGCACAUUUCUUGAGGCCUUUGAGCGUUAUCCAGAGAUCAUGGAAAACAUUGACCGGGUUGGCUUCACCAAACCAACCCCCAUCCAGUCUCAAGCGUGGCCAGUGCUACUGAGUGGCGAGGACCUGAUAGCCAUCGCUCAGACUGGAACAGGGAAAACACUGGCCUACCUGCUGCCGGGGUUCAUCCACAUGGAUGGGCAGCCUGUACCUAGAGCUGAGCGGGAUGGUCCAGGCAUGUUAGUGCUAACUCCUACUAGAGAGCUGGCCUUGCAGAUUGAAGCAGAGUGCAACAAGUACCGCUAUAAGGGUUACAAAAGUAUCUGUAUCUAUGGUGGAGGUGAUAGGAGGGGCCAGAUCAACCUGGUGAAGGAUGGCGUGGACAUCGUGAUUGCUACACCAGGCCGCCUCAAUGACCUACAGAUGAAUGAGCUCAUCAACCUCCGCUCCAUCACCUACUUGGUGCUGGACGAGGCUGACCGUAUGUUAGAUAUGGGCUUUGAACCCCAAAUUAUGAAGAUUCUUCUGGACAUCCGUCCAGAUCGACAGACUGUCAUGACCAGUGCAACUUGGCCCACAGGUGUGAGACGACUGGCCAAAUCCUACCUAAAGAAUCCCAUGAUGGUUUAUGUGGGCACCCUGGACUUGGCUGCUGUUAACACGGUGCAGCAAACGGUGCUGAUUGUUCGCGAAGAGGAGAAAAAGUCGUAUCUGUUUGACUUCAUCAGAAACAUGCAACCAGAGGAAAAAGUAAUCAUCUUUGUUGGCAAGAAGCUUGCAGUUGAUGACCUGUCCAGCGAUAUGUGCCUUCAAGGUUUGGCUGUGCAGAGUCUCCAUGGUGACCGUGAACAGUGUGACCGUGAAGAAGCUCUCAAGGACUUUAAAAACGGUCGAGUUCGUAUCCUCGUGGCCACAGAUUUGGCAUCUCGAGGGUUGGAUGUCCAUGACGUAACACACGUCUUCAACUUUGACUUCCCACGUAACAUCGAGGAAUAUGUUCAUCGUGUAGGUCGCACUGGCAGAGCAGGACGUUCAGGUGCUGCUGUGACCCUGGUGACAAGAGAGAACUGGAGAAUGGCACCUGAGCUAAUUCCCAUCAUGGAGCGAGCAGGACAGGAUAUCCCAGAGGAGCUGUUGCUUAUGGCAGAAAGGUAUCAAAAGCACAAGAAAGAGAAGGAAAUGUCCAAUCCAAGGGGAGGACAGGGGCGAGGAGGAGGGAGAAGAAGUGGUGGAACAGACCGUGGCCAAAACUGGGGGUUCUAAUACAGAGCUGUCCAUGCUGGAGCAAGGUCUCAAUCUACCUGUGUUAUUUCUUUUUAAUGUGCAUUUCAGUUCUUUAUUUUCUGUUAUUGAAAGGUUUGUGUGCUGGAUUAUAUCUAUGAUCAUUUGGUGGCAACUUGCACCUAAUUGUUUUCUUGUCUUAAAAGAAUUUAAAAUGCACAUUUUUCUCUGCCAUAAACUUAUUAGUCUGUUAUCAUUCAGAAUAUUUUGUGUUAUCUCUUGGUUGUGGAAAGCUUAAUAAAUUAUCUUAAAAAGAAA